CAUUUCAUUGUUGAGAUAAAGCAGUAACUGUGACAGUUUGAAUUUUGGCGGCAUUUCUGUUCUUGAUUGUCUGUCUUUUUCUUUUCUCCCCUCCUUGCCUUUCACAGCAUUAUACCUUCCACGGUAAUCUCCAUCUUUCUCUUCAUUUCUCUCACACAAACCAACUACGUGCGUGGACACAUACCCCCGCACUCUACUCUCAUUUUAUUCUGCUUUGUCUGUUUCUUCAUUUAUAGUCGAACCUUGAUGACCUUCUUGUACGUACGUGUCGCGUCUUUCUUCGUUUCUCUUUCAUCGGCCGUGGUUCAAUCACGGCCGUGACACAAGCGGCAUAUUUUCUAUAGUAAGAAAAAAGACUUCGGUCUCUACUCGAUCAAAUAAAAAAAGAAACAAGAAUAAUAGCGUACUCAUUUCUCGUACAGUGCAUACUAAGCGUCAGCACAGUGAAGUGUUCUCUAUCUUUAUUUCUAUCUUUGUCUCUUUAUCUCUCUUUCCCUCUCUUUCUCUCUCUCUCUCUCUCUCUCUCUCCCUCUCUCUGCUAAAUCAAAAACAAAAUAUCAAGGUGCAUAGGUGAAGGUUUCUUUUCAAGUUAAAAAAAUCUUAACCAUAAUUCGUUCUAUAUGAACUGUCCUUAAGUUCCUCAAAUAAUAAGCUUCCAUAUAAAUACGUGUACAUUUGUGAAGCCCUUAUUACAAAAAUUUUCUCGUUCUUUCGAAAGUGAAAAUGAAAUAUUCUACUGCCAUUGCCGUUGUCUAUCUAUUCUUUGGUUUUCUUGGAUAUGGCAAUACACAGGAAAAUUUACCAUCUGUCGAUGAUGUACUUCAGAAAGCAUCUGACGUCAUAAAUAUCCCUGAAAUCAGUAAUUUAAAUACUUCGGCAUUGCCAAGCAUCCAAGAAGCUACAAAUCUUUUUGAGCAGAAAUGUAGAAAGAAUGGUGGACCAAAUGCAUUUCAGAAUGCUAAGCAUGCCCAGACAGAAAUGGAAAAGUGCCUUAAAUCACUUAUCAACAUGACCGAGUUAAAUGCAGAAAUGGAAAGUGCCAAACCUAAAGGCGAAUUAGAUGAAGUUUUCAAGAAGUAUUGCCGUAGGAGUCCUAUUCUUAAAACUUGUGUAAACAACUUUACAACUGCCAUUGAACCCUGUCUUGAACAGAAAGAGCGUGAAAAUAAAAGAAUUGUUCUAAAUAUCACAGAAUCUCUCCUUAACUUUAUUUGUUAUAAGGAAGGAGAUAGAAUCGCUCUCUUCAUAGCAGCAGGAGGACCAGACUGUUUCCAAUCCAAGCAACAAGAAAUUCAAGACUGUGUCAAUACUACAUUUGGUAGUUAUAUCCCUACAGCUGAUCCUACUACUGGUGCAAUGCCUACACUUGAAAGUUUGCCAUCUUUAAUAUUUGAUGAUAAAGAAUGCACGGAUAUGAAUAAUCUACAACAUUGUAUCGUUAGAGAAUUGGAAAAAUGUUCAGACCCAACACCUGGAAAUAUAAUGGAAUCUAUAUUUAGAUUCAUCAAAAAGGUAACACCUUGUGAAACAUUAUUAGUCAAUAUUCGAAGUGCUGCUGUUACUGGAAUACAAGAACAAAGUUCUUCUGCAAUUACGACACCUAUUCCAACAAUGAUUGCUGUUUCUUUUUUAUUACAACUUAUGCAUCGUAUAGUUUUCACAUAGCAAAUUAAAUAAAACCUAUAUUGAUGUGAAAUCUUGUCAGUCAGAACGAUAUUGAACUAUGUGAUUUUUUAUUGUAUAAAUACUAUAUAAAAUUAUAUAAAAGUAAUCAUAUAAUAUAAAAUAUAUAUAAUUAAUCUUUCGACGAAAAUCAUUAUUUGUAUUUCUCCUUUGUAUUAAUUAAAAGUAGAUAGAUAAGAUAAGUUUAUCUUGAGUACCUAAAUUAUUUUAUAACAACGAAAUUGCCUAAUUUUUGUAAGAAAAAGUUAUUGUACAAAACUCAUAUAAGUAUCAGUAAAACUUAAUGAUGAUUAUUUUUUUAUAAAUGAUGAGAUGUAUAAACAGCGUUUGUACAUUAUAUAUUUGUGUUUUUAUUAUAUAUAUAAAAUAAAUUAUUUAGAUAACAUUUUUAUUUUCCUAUUUGCAUUUACUUAUUUAUCAAAAUACUAUUUAUGAAUAUAAUGUAAUAAUUCUACGAUAAUUAAUUAUGUUUUGUAAUUAUAACAAUAAUUUACUUAGCAUGUUACACUUAGUAUAAAUUAUACCUUGAUAAAUUUAAUCUAUAAGCAGAUAAAUGUACACAUACAAAUGCACCUGAAUUCUUUAAGAAGUAUAAAGUAUAAUUGAAGUGCUUGAUUUCAGAAAAGAGAUAUUUAUAUUGAAGUCAUUUGACUACUGUACAAUAAAACACGAUUAUUGCAAUAAAUAUUAUUUCAUAAAUUA